GGACAAGAUACGGGGGUUGAAACGCUGUAGCACUGGGAUCAAUUUCCAACUUUGGCCGUUAGCAAUCACUUUCGAYAAUUGACARGCAGCAUGCGACUUUGCUAUGGCUGUGAUUAUUAGAUCGAGAGAACCAAUGACAGUCGGCAGGAGAAAUGGACGGCGACGGCAGCGGGGCUUACAAGUUCGUAACGGCAACAAAGACACAUGCAUGUCAAAAAUGAGAAUUCCUUCGUUUCUCGUUCUAGCUUUGUUUUGUUGGAAUUAUAUAAAGGAGUGUGAUGCCUUUUCACUGUAUCUUCCAAGUCAAAAGACAAAAGAAUUGCUUCCGAGAAUCCAAGGACGGACUCAUUGCCACCGCUACCACCCCUGCAGUAACGUCGUCGUGCGUUAUGCACGAACCGACGACGACGGASAAGAAAUACGCACCAAUGAAAGCACCGACACAAAAAGAASCAAUGRYAUUCGCUCCGAAGAAUUGCUAUUGUCUUCYAACAGCAGCGAAAUCGAGGUGCUUCGUGCGCGGGCCGACGAACUUCGGGCAGAAGCUCGAGCGAUGGAACUCGAAUUGCGGCAAAAGGCUGCAAAAGAACGCCAAGAGCGGGAUGCCAUCACRGACGAACUUAUUGCAACGCUCUUUCUACCGUUGCAAUACCAGGAUCCAAAAGAAAGCAGUAAGAGAAACACAGAAAAUGAAGACGGAAGAUUAGCCGAGGGUGUCGCUGCUUCGAAUGAUACUAAUGUGAUCGACGCCAGGGUYCUUGCCGACCGAUUGCAGCAAGGCAAAUUUUCUCGCCCACAAAUCAUGGCUGUGGUCGAUCGGAUCUACGAACAACAUAAUCGAGAAAUAGACGAAAUUCGUGCGUUCACAAUAUUAAAGGAUUCACAGCAAGAAGAGGAUUUUGAACCGAAAAACUACACGGCUCYAUAYAAAGAUUACUUUYACGUAUUAACUAAGGCAGCUUGGCUGUUGGAUGAGAGCAUUGCUGCAAACAGUAUGCUGGAAGGCAAAGAAAAUGACAAUUCUUCAUCAGCYACAAAAGCAAGAAAAUCGCCACCAAAAAUGGCGUCCACGCCACCAUCGAUUGCGUCACCACCAUCGCAAUCGAAAAUCAAAUCUUCUGAUUCGUCUUCCUCUUCUAUUUCAUCAUCUGUGUUGUUUGUGACGAGUGGACAGCUGACAAAAYUGAUCAACAACCGAWKGACAGAACUUCGACAAAGGCGUGAAAUGGAAAUCAAGCGCAAGARUGCAAUGGAAACCAACAAGAUAGCUUCCGUAUCUCCACCCUCGCCAUCCUCGGAUCACACGGCGUUGCACUUUUCUGGCAUGGGGAGCAACAAUUCUACAACCAUGGGUUUUCGAGUGUGGAGUUCYUCUUCUGGAGAGACACCUUCAUUUAUUCCCUUAUGGGUACCCUCACCCUACAUUCCGUAUAUCUUAUCCUUGGACAAGGCGGAUCAACCGUCGUCCUCGCGGCCGGGAAACAAUACGAAUGGGAACAACUCAACAGCGCCUUUUGCUGUAAUCACAAACAGUUCGCUGGAAGCCGCCGAAUUGAACAUACUGAAGAACAARGUCCUSCUCGAUAGCAGGUUUUACAUUACCUCUUCCGAGUUCGCUCCUGGGGCUGCACUUUUUCGCGGUAACUUYCGCACCCCUCGGCAGACGAUUCACUCCUCCACGACCCCUUCUGUUGUCCCAGCAAACAACCGAACCUCGUGGUUCAAAAGGCAAUGGUUGGCUCGACGAAAGCAAACCGCAGCAAUGGAAUACGACAAUACUGCCAUGGUUUUUGCUGACAUUCAGAACCGACUCGAAAGAGAGGGGUUGCAAGACAGGGUUCAGCUUUUUGUCCUGCCRGAUCCAGGCCUGGGACGACCGACGGCAAACAGCAGGAGACCUUCUGCCGCRAAGGCAGCAAUGAGCACAAAACGACUCGGCACCGAAAGAGCCGAACCGUCUGCGUCAUCGAUGAACCCGGUGAUUUUGGCGCUCCCUAAGGCUGUAACGCCCGACGAAAGCAAGCUGAAAAAAGGGUGGAUCCGGAAACUCGGAAAGGUAYGUACAGAAAAGAAAAAGAAGACAYGGCUGUGUUGAUAUUUGCAACUCAUUGCGACGAGCACUAGACGAUGAUGAAUAAACUUGUGAUUUCUCGAAAAACUMACUAAUGCGUUUCGUGGCGAUCGACGGUUCAUUUGACUUAUGCGCUCGCUUGACUGAUACAUUGGUAGGGUUUGUGCUACCCGCUGGCGGCCUUUACGACCUUUGUUUACUCCUUCAUGCACUACAUCCGCAAUCCUUAUCUCUACGAUGCGCUCGUCAAUCAAAGGCAAUUGAAGGUGYUGUCCUCUUGUAUUCCGUUGGCUUUGGGAGUGAUUGCGAUUCAAAUCAUCCACGAGGCAGCUCAUUACUUUGUAGCCAAGCGGAGGAAGAUGAAAAUCGGCAGUCCCGUCCCGAUCCCAUCCUAUUACAGCAUCAUGCCUUUCUUUGGAUCGAUCACCCCCCUCCGGUCCUUCCCGUCGACCAAAAGAGACCUGUUCGAUUUUGCGUUGAGCGGACCSAUGACCGCCCUCGCCGCGUCGCUCGGCCUGGUCUUUUCCGGCGCCUURCUGACCGCUCGGGCCACGGCCGUGGACAUUGCCACGUAUCCGUUCCUGCCCGCCGGAGACCUGAAAUCCAGCUUCCUGCUGGGCUCGAUCCUGUCGUGGCUGCUGCCGAAGACCAUGAUGCUCCCGCUCGCGCAGCCGAUACCGAUGCACCCGUUCUUAUUGGUGGGAAGCUUCGGGCUCGUGACGUCGGCCCUGAACCUGCUGCCGAUCUUCCGGCUGGACGGCGGCCGCGCGUGCUUUGCGGCCAUGGGCCAUCGGUCUGGGACGGUGAUUUCCCUGUGCAUGGCCUUUUGSAUCCUCUGGAGCCACCGGGACCCGUUGCAGGUGUGCUGGCUCGUUUUCGUGGCGCUCUUCCAGUCGCGGCUCGAGAUCCCGUGCCGCGACGAGUGCACCGACGUGGACGACAAGAGGAGGUGGAUCUGGCUGGCCUCGUUSUUGCUGUCCAUGUCGAUUCUGUUGCCCUUCAAGGGUCUGUAGGUUUGAGGGAAGCCGAAGCCGCUUGUGCCACUCGGGGGUUUCUGCAGCCGUGCCAGCUUCGAGCACGGGUUGGUCGGUCGACCGGACGCACGCAACCCAAAAAAUGGCAGUAGAGAAA